AAGAGCCAGAGAGGAGACAGAUAAGCCUGCCCUUGGUUGCACGGUGUGCUGAUCUCGACAACUUGCCAUCAGAGCUGCCCCAGCCAUCUGUGACUUGAGCCCUCCGAAGCCGUGGUGUGCAGAGAGGAGGCGGCAGCGGUUUUAGCAGCAGCAAAUAACCCUGCCCUCAGUGGGUUUGUAUCACCAGAGCAUGCACUGAUUUGCUGCCUUCUUCUUAGACCCAUCCCAACGAUCAGGGUGUGUGGUGCAUGGUGUGUGUGGGGGAUCCUCUGUUUCUGUAAUAAAUGAUAGAGGAUACAAUGACUUUGCUCUCUCUGCUGGGUCGGAUCAUGCGUUACUUCUUGCUGAGACCAGAGACACUCUUCCUGCUAUGCAUCAGCUUAGCCCUCUGGAGCUACUUCUUCCAUACGGAUGAAGUGAAAACCAUCGUCAAGUCCAGCAGGGAUGCUGUGAAGAUGGUGAAGGGCAAAGUGGCCGAGAUCAUGCAGAAUGACCGGCUUGGUGGUCUGGAUGUUCUGGAUGCUGAAUUCUCCAAGACCUGGGAGUUUAAGAACCACAAUGUGGCUGUGUACUCCAUCCAAGGGCGGAGGGACCACAUGGAGGACAGGUUUGAAGUCAUCACUGACCUCGUGAACAAGACUCAUCCUUCCAUAUUUGGGAUAUUCGAUGGGCAUGGAGGAGAGUCAGCAGCAGAAUAUGUGAAGUCCCGUUUACCUGAAGUCCUAAAACAGCACCUUCAGGACUAUGAAAAAGACAAGGAAAAUAGUGUAUUGUCUUACCAGACCAUCCUGGAACAACAGAUUCUUUCAAUUGACCGAGAAAUGCUGGAAAAGUUGACUGUAUCCUAUGAUGAAGCAGGUACAACAUGUUUGAUUGCAUUACUCUCAGAUAAGGAGCUCACAGUAGCCAAUGUUGGGGAUUCAAGGGGUGUCUUGUGCGAUAAGGAUGGAAAUGCUAUCCCCUUGUCCCACGAUCACAAACCCUAUCAGCUGAAGGAGAGGAAGAGGAUUAAAAGAGCUGGUGGCUUCAUCAGUUUUAAUGGUUCCUGGCGAGUUCAGGGGAUCCUGGCCAUGUCCCGCUCCCUUGGAGAUUAUCCACUGAAAAAUCUGAACGUUGUUAUCCCUGACCCAGAUAUCCUGACCUUUGACCUGGACAAGCUCCAGCCAGAGUUCAUGAUCUUAGCAUCAGAUGGACUCUGGGAUGCCUUUAGCAAUGAGGAGGCGGUCCGGUUCAUCAAAGAACGCUUGGAUGAACCACAUUUUGGAGCCAAGAGUAUAGUCCUGCAGUCAUUCUACAGAGGAUGCCCUGACAACAUAACAGUCAUGGUGGUGAAGUUCAAGUGCAGCAGUAAAACAGAAGACCAGUGAAAUUUCUAACGGCCCUCUGUCUCUCUGGGCGAACUUCUUCAUCAGACCUUUACACGUCAACACAGUAGACAGCUGUAGCGAGUGCAUUAGUAUUAUGACUGUACAUCCAAAAAAGGAAUGAGGAAAAUCACACUUUGAUAGACAGAGCUACACAGAACACAGAAUACCAUUGGUGUUUUUUUUAAACAGAGAAUCUAACACUUCCUUUCUUUUCUCCGACUCUUUAAUGGUUUAAGCUUAGAAAAUGUGUCCAUUUUAAAGCCUAAUGACUUCUGCUUCGGCUAUUUCAAAUAGCUGCAAUCUCUUAGUCUUCACAUAUGAGCCAAACAGGGUUGUCACUAGCCAGCCAUUGAUGGAAAUGACAUGGGCUUUUCACUGAUGUAACUAUCUCCAGUCUGAUGCACAUUCUCUGCAACGCUACUGCUCUCUUUUUUUCCUAAACUGCAAAGGUAGGAAGGCAGAUAGCAAACAUAUUUCUAAUUCUUGAACUGGCUUUUCAUAGAAGAAGGCAAAAGAUAUGUGGAUUGGUCCACAACAGGCAAUCCUCUCUUCGUCCAUAGGCAACCAUCUUUCCUGCCACGUAAUUAGGGUCAAGCCAUUGAGCUUUUCCAUAGGUGUGUGCUUAUGCUGUCUGUGUGCAUGCAUUUAAUGAUGCUUUGCCUAUUUUAUCCAACCAGCAGAUAGCUUUUGGUGUCCAUGCUCAUUGGAAUGUUGCACAUUCAUUACCUCUUGCUUCUAGAUGUGCUGAAUGUCAUGAAUGCACCACGGCUGUGCACAUUAUAUAUGUCAGAGACUGUUGUUGGGUCUGGGGUGGAAACUUACUGGGAAGUCAACAGAAGAUUCCUGCAGAAGACUUCAGAACCAUUUUUCCAUUAUCAGCACAUUUUCAAAUAUGAGGUAGGUUAGUACCUACCUAUGUAGGAGGUACUUACCAACAUAAUUCUAAUGGGCAUGGUAUUUCAUGGUGUAAAUAGUAAGAUGUCAGCCUUGGGGGAGGGGAAGUGUUGACUGCAUAUAGCUGUAAUUUGGAGCCUAUGAAUAUUGUAUGCUUUGUGGUAGAAAAUGGGCUUUUCCCAUUGCAGUAUUGAUGGAUAAUUUAGGUGUGGCCUGGCUGCUUUAUCUCCCACAGUGUUCAUCAUUGAAGAGUUUCAUGGUCAAAGAAACAAGCAGGUGUUCUAGUUUAGCAUAAAGCCUGGAGUGGGGGCAGUUUCAGUUGUUACCUUUUAUGACAUAGCACCAUUAGACAUGCUGGUUUGUGGACAGUGUCUCCCUUCAACAAGGAUUUGACCCUAGGUGUCCAUUGUACCACUUUAAGCGCAGCUGGACAGUAAUGAAAUCUUGCUUGUAGACAGAGCGAUAUCAUGACCAGUGCCUGUGAUGUCCGUGUACAGAGCCAAAUGUAUAUUUCUGAGAGCAGAAGUAUGAUGGGUGGGUGUUACCAAUGUUCAUCUGAAUGGUGUUGCCAUCUAAACUAAGAGAAAAAGAAAUAUAUGGGAUGAUGGAUACUGAGUAUAGCUUGUGGGCAGGUUGGCAUGUCGAGCCAACCCAUCCCAGCAAUACAUUACAGUGGGUUGGUUCUUGCAAGAACAUCCCAUGGAGUGCCCAAAAGAUGAGUACGUUCACCCCACUCCUUUCUCUUUAGUCUGCCAGCCAGAAUGCCAGAGGACUUUGCAUCUCAAGCUGCCAUCCCUGCUGCAAGCAGGAGCUAUUUUAGCUCAUUGCAGAUUCCCCCCUCCCUGUUGCCUUUUAACUUUUAUUUUCAGAUUGCUUUUUGUAAUCUCUGUUUUGCAACUCCUCUGAAAUGCCUGAGAAGCACAUUAGAGGGUUGUCUGUAGCUUGUCACCUUUUUAUUAUCUGUUUUGUGUCCCAAAUAUGCACUAAUAGUGUAGGCAACCUUUUUAUUUUAGCCAGAGUUGCACAAUUCCUGCAAUGGAGGUGUGCAUAUUUCAAUGAGUGUGAAAAUGGGAAACUUUUCUUGGGCUUUGUCCUGGGAAGGGAAUGGUAUCAAAAUGGAGAAGACACCCGCCAUGCACAUUGACCGAGGGAGGUUCUUUUGGCACUUUGCCUUAAUUGACAGCUCAGCAUUUGACAGCUUCCAAAAGAAAGAAAAAACAUGGAUGAUGUUUGCUUGUGAAAGGGAUGGAGUGAUUAAUCCUUCUUAGCACUGAAAUCAUCAACACUUUUAUGUUCCUAGUCCUAGAUACUAAGGUCCUAGCGCUCCACAUUUCCACUAGUUCCUAAGAUUCUAGGCGCUCAGGAAAAUGGAAAAGUGCAGCUCAUCCCCACUUACUUGAGUAUAGCAGUUUGAUAGCUGUCAAAAUUCUGGUUGCUUUCAAAAGGGUUUGUUUUUGUUUUUUUUACAGGGGACUCACAGUCUUUCCCCACAGGGACAUAUGCAAGUAUGCAUAUGUUCUUAUCCAAAAAACACUAGGAAUCCUUUUAAAAGGCCAUCAGAUAUGGGUUUCAAGACACUGGACUCAGUUCUAAUUGAGGGGUGGGAUAAGUAUCCUUUCCUAUUCUUUUCUUUCUCUCUAGCUAUAGAUAGGAUUCCCUGAACAAGAAAUUGGGGUCCCUCGGGGACAACAAUGAAGGUAUUCUGUAGUGUUCCUGAAACAGAUGCAUGGUUGGAAAAUGCCACAGGAUCAGAUUAAGAGAUCAGACUACAGUCUUUCUUACCCUUGGGCAGAAUGACAUAGUUGCCUAAAGCAAAGCAUGCAGGUGAGGUGGGCAGACAGGGAGGUGGUUGGGUGUUGGAGGAGAAAGCUUUGUGUGCCCCUUGGCCUGCCCUCACCCUAAGUGGUGCCAUUAGUUGCAGUGGAUGUUGCUGUGCCAUUACCAGUGUUGGAGUAACAUUCAACUAUUUGGUUGGCUGCUGUACAUAAGAUGAAGAUGGCUGCCAUCUUGUCCUUCAGUUCAGGCAGCAAAUUGUCUUGGGCUGGCCCUCUGCCCAGACAUUUGUUAGGUACCUUUGCAGCCUCCUGUUCUCCUGUCAUUCCCCUUCAUUCUCAACCUUUACUCAGGGCGCAAUCCAAUACAUCCCACCCUCAAUGAUGGGAUGCCUCUGAACUCAGAGGCUUAUAUGCACCCAGUGCAUGGAGUACAAUGGAGGUGAUCUUCACUGUCACCUUGCCUCAUGCCCUGCAUCUAGUUGACCAUCUAGAGGAAGCAACGUGGCAGCUGAGGAGGAGGAGGCUGGGGCACUGCCUGGAUAAGAUAUAAACUAUCCAACCUCCACCUACAUGCCCCUUUCUCUUCUAUCCAAGACCAGGUUGCAGCCUUAAAGACACGGCAGGGACAGUUCUUCCCACAUGGCUGUGAAUGAGCUCCUACAGGGGCUUCUCCUUCAGUUCUAUCACACAGGUUGCAGGGCCUCCAAGCUGGGACUCAAGAUAAUUCCAUGGCCCCGAGACUAUGUCAGGAAUCCAUGGGAUCUCAUCCUCAAUUAUACCAUGUACACUCACAAAAAAAUUAACCUGCAAGUUCUAGUUUCAAACCAUCUAGAUGAGUAAAUACUACCCCCAAAAGACCUUUCCCUAACCUUAUUUUGCUGCCUGCACAUCUUGAUAUGAAGCUUCUUUCAUGAAAAGAUGUAAUAAAGAGAUCCAAUACUUUUGGAAAAGAAAAAUACAGAGUUACACAAUGCAAAUGCUAAAUCAAAUAUUGAAAUCGCUUCAUUUUUCAAUGUAUUUUGAUUUCUAAAACUCUGUGGUAGUUAAAGGUCUUUUCAAUAUACUGGGUUUUAUCCAAAUUUAGACAUGCAAAGAGUACAUCCACUGAAAUUAAUGGGACUUAAUUUAGCCAUGACUAAUUGAUUUUAUUGGGUCUACUCUCAAUAAGACUAAAUUUGGAUCCAGCCCACGCAUAUAAAAGUUGUUACACAUGAGGCCUUGUUGUACAGUGUUAGCAUGACAAAAGUGAGAUUUCUUCCUUCUCACAUUCAGAACAACAGACGGUUGUUUGGCAAAAGCCCUUUAUUAUCCAAUGUACAUCCAGCCAACUAUAACCCUCAGUUUCUGAGUGUGCAGAGUAGUUCAUUGAAAACUAGGAACGCCUUCUGAGAACCCUUCUCCUGAGUAACCAUAGACCUCUGGGAGUGCCCCUCUGGAACGCAGCAGGCCUCCCAUUGUCUGCAGCCCCACUAGUUGGCUAGUCCUCCUCUCCCAGUGCCAUGUCAUGGAGUCAAAGGUCAUGCCAGGUUGCUCUGACGCCUGUUCCACGCCCCCUCUUGGCACAUGCAGACUCUGACUAUUCCCAGGGUCCACCUGAGUACCUGGGGAUGGCAGCCUUGAGAGUUGUUAUUCCACCUUUGCUGUCUCUGCAUCUGGGACUCUCAUUUCCCAGGCUGUCUCCUCCCCAACCAAAGACUCCUCGUCACCCUGGCCCUGAAAUAUGCACCGAAACCAACUCCCUCUUUCAUUGCCAACAUAGUAGAUGUGUUCCAAAACCCUUGCUUUGCAACCUUGGGCCAUCAGUAUUGUCUUAAAAUUUCCUAUUACCUAUCUUCAUGUCACAUCAGAUAUUUUGUAAGAUUUAGGCAAGAAUAUAGUGCUAGAAAAGAUGCUAGGAGCCAGUGCUGGUUGCACACUUAGGGGAUCAUGGGACAAGAUGCCCUUCCCUCUCCUUGCUGAGCCGCAAUCACCCCAUCCACGGGUAUGCCUCCUCCUUCUGGAGCCAAUCAGCAUUACUGUCCCCGAACAGAAAACAAGGCAAACGGAGGUUUCUCCUCCUCUUCCUCCUCAGGUUUGUUAUUGGUGCUGUCCUUGGUGAAGGCAGGUGAGCAAGCAGCAAAAGUAAGUUGUGGGCAAGGCCCAGGAGGUCAGCAGCAGAACAGCUGCUGAGAGGACAUUAGCAGUGCCUGUGAUGCUGACCCAACACCCUCUCUUUUCAGAGUACCUACAGUGUAGUGCCCCACUGGCGAUCGAUGCUUCAGAUCAAACUGCACCCUUGGCCCCUGCGCUAGCCAAUCCAGAUUGCCUUGGAGAAUUCGCUGUGGUGGCACAGCAGCCGUCAAAGCCAAACAACAGUGAUAAAUUUAACCUCCAGGGGUCAAGGCAGUUGGAAUAACCUGCUGCACUUCCUGGCUCAGCACUCCUUCCGCUGCUGGGAGGAUCAGCUUUCAGCCUUAUUGGGGAUUGUUGUGAAGGCAAACCUCCUUUCACUGGGCAUAGUUAUUUGGGCGUAAGUAAAACACAGAGAGCAAACUUGGGUGGCAACUUAUCGUGAAAAAUAAUUGGAAUCAGCAGCUGCUGGGGUAAGGUAGGUAGACAAGGUCUAAAACUCUCCGUUUGAUUCAUAGUGACACUCCUGGGGAACUCCCACUGACCUCUUUCUGCAUAUACUUUUUAACUACUGUUAUUUAUCAUCUGCUGCAGGAAGCAGGCAUUGUCACUAGCCAUUGCAAUGGCAAGUAGAGAACAGUAUUUCUUGUUAGAGUAAAUAAAAGAUAUAAAUUGUCAGUUGUGACACAGGUCAAUGAAAGCUUGGUCUCAUGUUUCCACAGGCGUACAAUCAAAACUACAAGUGCUAUUUGGUUACAGCAAAACUCUGCAAGCUAUUUUUGUGAAGCCUGGGGGACAAUCUGCAUUCUGAACAAGAAAUAAGAUGCUUUUGCCAACUAUUGAUAGGCAAAUAAAUGAGGAGGAAUCAUCCAUAAAGUAUGUUACUUUUUCAAGGGCCUUUUCAUCUCUCUUUGCUGCCCUGUGCCUAUUUCUCAAGAAUAGCCAAUAUUACUUUUGUCAGUAAUAUCUGAUAAUGCCUCUUAUCAAGAGACAUUGAAAUCUUUUUUAGGCUGCUAUAAUACUGGUUUUCAACUGGUUGACUGCAGUUCUAUGUAAGUUGGAUCAGGACAGGUAUACCAAAUGAAUUGCUGCAAUGCUAUGGAAACCUGGAUGGAAGACCACUGAAAGUCUCAUGCAGAAAUGUAAUAAAAGAAAUACAUUAAAUAUUGGAAAAGGAAAAAGAGUCUAAUUCAAAAUACAGACAGUAAACGUGAAAAUAAUUUAGGCAUAAGCUAAAGUUCUAGAAGUAUUUGCACGUUACAAUUCAAGAUAGAUUCUGAAUUUAGAAACAUUGGAAGUCCAAUAAAUACAAGGGAAUCUUCUUUAAAAUAAAUUCAGAAGAGAUGUAGGCUGCAAUUCUGUACCCAUUUACUUGACAACUUAGCACUGAACUCAGCUGGGCAUACUUUGAAUUAGUCGUGUACAGGACUAUACUAUGAGCUCACUGAUGGAAGCUUUAGGAACCCACCAUAAAAUAUUAAAGAAAGGAAUGAGCUGUAUUUAUUUCCCAUCUCCAUCCUGUUUAUUAACUGUAAGGCAUUUAGGGUACAGGUUUAGACCAAACAAAAAAAGCAUAGUUGAGGGCAUGCUGAGAGUUGCUGGCCUUUCUAUCCAAACCCAUAUAGAAUUGUGCCUUUGCUUUUUUUUUUAAUCCUAGAAGGUAUUUUGUUGCAGCCUGGGGCUACAUGAGCAAAUGGCAAGAGAGCCCUGACAUUAGUGUGACAGAUAAUCAAGAUGUCACAUGCAAGAGGAACCUGUGUACCUUAAUUUGCAUUCUGUUGAAAAUGAUUUUUAAUUUAUUGUCAAGAAGCAAGAGGCUAAAAACAAUUACACAAUACAGGUUAUAUUCACUCAAGUGUUUAGAAAGGGCACAUUUACCCAGUCACCUAGACAUAAAGAAAUAACACUGCACACUAUACAAGAUUUCAUUAGGAAUUAAUAGUUUCAUGUACAUAUUUAUAGACAU